AUGACAUUCAGCUCAUUUAAUAGUUCUGUAAAUUUGAAAUCAAAAGUUAAUGGUACAAAAUCAAAAUCAAAAACUUCAACUCCAAGACAACCUAGAAAAAAAGUUGCAAAAAUUGUUGAUGACGAAGAUGACGAUGAAGAUUAUCAAAACGAUAAUGAAAAACAUGAAUUUAAGUCAGAAGAUGACAGUUCUACAGAUAAUUUAAAGAAAAAGAAAAUAAAAGAUGAAGAUGAAUAUGAAUAUGAAGAAACUCCAAAGAAAAAAACUCAAGCUAAGGCCAAAUCAAAGAAAAAAGAUCUGGAAAAUGGGAAACCAAAAUCAAAAUCAAAAUCAAAAGUGAAAAAAGAAUCUGAUGAUAAGAAAACAUUAACAAAAUUACAAAAAGAAGAGGCCAAAAGAAUCAAAGAAGAAGAAAAGAAAAAAAAAUUAGAAGAAAAAGAAAAAAACACUUACAAAUGGUGGGAAAAUGAGGAAGAAGGAGAUAAAGAUGGUGAAAUCAAAUGGCAAACUUUAGAGCAUAAUGGUGUAAUGUUUCCACCAGAAUAUGAACCUUUACCAAGUAAUGUUAAAUUAUAUUAUGAUGGAAAACCUGUGGAUUUACCUCCAAAAGUUGAAGAAGUUGCCGGGUUCUUUGCAGCAUUGAUAGAAACUGAGUAUGGUAAAAAUCCUAUUUUUCAAAAAAAUUUCUUUAGAGAUUUUAAAGAUCUUAUAAAAAAACACAAUUCAAAAAACCCUGAUGAUAAAAUUUCGAUUGAAUCGUUUGAUAAAUGUGAUUUCACAAAAAUAUUUAAUUAUUUUGAAGCAGAAAAGGAAAGAAAAAAGGCGUUACCAAACAGUGUUAAAAAGCAACAAAGAGAUGAAAAAAACAAAUUAGCAGAACCCUUUAAGUUUUGUUUUGUUGAUGGCAGAAAAGAGCAAGUUGGAAAUUUUACAAUUGAACCUCCAGGUUUAUUUAGAGGUCGUGGAUCUCAUCCCAAAACUGGUACAUUGAAAAAAAGAGUGUUCCCCGAAGAAAUUACAAUAAAUAUUGGCAAGGAGGCCAAAGUUCCUGAACCACCAACUGGACAUAAAUGGGCAGAAGUCAGAAAUGAUAAUACAGUUACUUGGUUAGCAACAUGGAAAGAAAACGUUUUAGGACAGAAUAAAUAUGUUAGAUUUGCUGCAAAUUCGUCAUUUAAAGGAAUGAGUGAUUUGAAAAAAUAUAAUAAAUGUAGAGAAUUAAAAAACCAUAUUGAAAAAAUUCGAUUAGAUUAUAAUAAAAAUCUUAAAUCUAAGGUCAUGCAGGAAAGACAAAUUGCAGUUGCUAUAUAUUUCAUUGAUAAGUUGGCAUUAAGAGCCGGUGGUGAAAAGAAUACUGAAGAUUUAGCCGAUACAGUUGGAUGUUGCUCGUUAAGAUAUGAACAUGUUACAUUGGAGCCACCAAAUUAUGUCAUAUUUGAUUUUUUAGGUAAGGACUCUGUUCCAUACCAUCAAAAAGUUGAAGUUGAUGCUCAAGUUUUCAAAAACAUUCGAAUUUUUAAAAGACCACCAAAGAAGUCUGGUGAUAAAUUGUUUGAUAGAAUUGAUCCAACAAUUUUAAAUAAUUUUUUGCAGAAUAAUUAUAUGAAGGGAUUAACUGCAAAAGUUAUUCGUACUUAUAAUGCUUCGAAUACAAUGCAGGAACAAUUAGAUUUGAUGGAAAAAAAAGGGAAUUUUAAAGGAUCAAUUGAAGAAAAAAUUGUUGCAUUUAGAGCAGCUAAUAAAGAAGUUGCAAUAUUAUGUAACCAUCAAAAGGGAAUUACAAAGAAUUUUGAUGAAACUCUUCAAAAGUUUCAUGAUAAGAUUGAAGAAAUGAAAUGGCAAAAGAUGAGAACAAGCAAAAUGCUAAAUCAAAUUGAUGAAAAAUUUAAAGCUAAGAAAUUGGGAUUUACAAAAAAUAAAAUUAAAGUGAUCCAUAAGAGGAUAAUUGAUAGAGAAAAGGAAAAAAUAAUAAAAAAAUUUGACAAAGAAAAUGAGAGCUUGAAAUUUGAAAACAAGAAACUAUUACCUAAAAGUGAGUUAAAAGAGAGAUUAACCAAGAUCGUUGAGCUUGAAAGCUUUUAUAAAGAAGAAUAUGAAACAGGGAAAGUUUCAGUUGGAUUAAGUAGUAAUGUUACUGUAUUGCAGAAUCAAUUAAAGAAGUUUGAUACUAGAAUCAAAAAUGCUGCAUUGCAACUACAGGAUAAAGAGGACAAUAAGAAUGUUGCACUUAAUACGUCUAUUAUGAAUUAUAUAGACCCGAGGUUAUGUGUGAUGUUUUGCAAAAGAUAUAAAGUGCCUAUUGAGAAAAUUUUUUCUAAAACAAUUCGAGAUAGAUUUACUUGGGCUAUACAUAAUGCGGAUGAGAACUGGAGGUUUUAA